AUGGCAGAUGCACUAGAAAUACAAAGAAUUAAUAUAAUGUAUGCAAAAUUAAGUUACAAAGAUUGGAAUCUGGCCAAGAAUGAGGAGGCAGCUAGAAAAGGUGCCCUAAACAUUGCCUGGUUCACCUUACCCUGGCCAGCAUACCGCGGCUGGCAGGGAUCCCACAAAAGUGGUAGAACAAAAACAAAACUUAGAGUGACACUGAUCACCAUUGGCACACGGAAUGUGCGCACGCUACUGGACAACAUCACAGCAGACAGACAGGAGAGAAGAACAGCACUUGUCCCCAGAGAGCUCGCAUGCUACAACAUUGACAUUGCAGCCCUUAGCGAAACUCGCCUUGCUCAUGAAGGAUGGCUGUCCGAGUCAGGCGGAGGCUAUACAUUCUUCUGGAGUGGCCGCAACAGUGAUGAGCAUUGUGAAUCUGGAGUUGGCUUCACCAUCAAGAAUCAUCUUGUUUGGAAACUCGCCAGUCCCCCCAAGGGUGUGAAUGACCGACUCGUGAAAAUGCAGCUUCCACUUCAAAAAGGAAAACAAGCUACUUUGAUCAGCGCAUAUGCUCCCACAAUGACCAACCCAGAGGAUGAAGAUAAAUUCUACGAAGAACUAGAUGCUCUGCUAUCAUCAGUGCACUGCACAGACAAGCUGAUCUUGCUUGGCGAUUUUAAUGCAAGAGUCAGAUGCGAUGCCGCAGCCUGGGAAGCAGUCAUCGGAAAAAAUGGAGUGGGAAAGUGUAACAGCAAUGGCCUGUUACUGCUGAAAACUUGUGCAGCACAUGACCUUCUGAUCACCAAUACAGUCUUCCACUUCCCUACCCGUAACAGGACUUCGUGGAUGCAUCCCAGUUCCAAGCACUGGCAUCUGAUCGACUACGUCAUCAUCAGGAGAAGGGACAGACAAGAUGUCAGGGUUACAAAAGCUAUGUGCAGCGCUGACUGUUGGAUGGAUCACAGGCUAAUAGUAUCCAAAAUGAAGCUCUGUAUCAUGCCGACCACAAAAGGCUCUCAAAAGGAUCAAUAUGUCAAAGCUGAAGAAAAGCCACAUCACCGAAAGUCUAAGAAGACACAGAUUCUCCAGAGAUGGGCUGAACAUUUUGAAGCAGUUCUAAACUGCCUCUCAGUCAUCAAUGAUGAGGCCAUUGACAAGAUGCCUCAGGUUGCAGUCAAUGGCUCCAUGGAUGCUUCACCAGAAGAGGAUGAAGUGAAGAAGGCCAUCAACCAGCUGCCAAGUGGCAAAGUCCCAGGGUCAGAAGCCAUACCAGCAGAGGUGUACAAAAGGAAGGGCAAUCGCCAGGUAUGCGGCAAUCGCCAGGUAUGCGACAAUCACCGUGGAAUCUCACUGCUCUCUACAGUGGGGAAAGUUCUUGCACAGGUUCUGUUGAACCGAUUGAUCACUCACCUGGAGCAGGGCUUACUGCCAGAAUCACAGUGCGGCUUUUGCAAGGGACGUGGGACUAUUGACAUGAUCUUCACUGCUUGUCAGCUACAGGAGAAAUGUCAAGAACAGAAUUGUGAACUCUACACAACUUUUGUGGACCUCACAAAAGUGUUUGACUCUGUCAGUCGCCAGGGCCUGUGGAGGAUUGUGUCGAAAUUCAGCUGUCCAGACAGAUUCAUACGAAUGGUAUGUCAAUUUCAUCACGGUAUGAUGGCUCAUGUCCUGGAUGAUGGUGAAACAUCUGAGGCCUUCCCAGUCACCAACAGUGUCAAGCAAGGGUGUGUUUUAGCACCCACUUUGUUCAGCAUGAUAUUCUCUGCCACUCUGACUGAUGUCUUUCAACACUGCAUUGAAGGAGUAGGCCUGAAGUACAGAACUGAUGGGAAACUAUUCAAUCUGAGGGGACUGCGUGUCAUCACCAAGAAUAAAAGACGUGUUGAAUCCUUCAUGUUUUUAAAUAUUAUAAACAGAUGGGCUAUAACACCUGGUAUUGUUGACAAACCAUCUAUAGCUAUCUAUAGUGUCUUAAUUCCUGAUUACCUGACUGCUUAA